GCCAACGUUCCCAUUUUUCAAAUCUUGCAACAUUAUAGGAGAUAUGACACUAAUCUUUUGCUAAGUGGAUGAGGCCGAUGCGAUCAACAUGAGCUCCGCUUGAGUGUGAAUUAGAACUUACUUCAUCCAUGACCCCUCCUCCACAUUGUCCCUUCUGUCCUUGCCCGGUAGUCCAACGUGGCCAGGUGAACGUAGGCUGGAAUGACGACAGAUUGGCCGUACAGACUGACGGAUUACGCAUUAGCCGCAAGAAGCUCAGAGUCUUUGCCACAAACAAACGCAGGUGUAUACUGCCUCAGAGGCAAGGGGACCUUGUUUUUACCGUACACAGGAGCCAGCAGCAUGAUGCUGGGGAAACGACAAGUCCGCACAGGGAACCAGCAGUAGAAUCAAGAGGAUUUAACUCAUGGAUGGCAAGACUGAGGGCAGUUUUUCUCUGGCUACAAUGGAGGUAUGGAGCUCCUCUGCAUCCGAGGAGGAGGAAGAAGAGAGGAGCACUGCCGGUUUUGUGCUGGAGGACAAAACAUGCCACAACAACUACAACAACAACAACAAUAACAACAACAAUAACCUUUGCAGGGAGGUGAAGCAAGUGCUGUGCUCAGACAGAGUUGGCCAGGUCACCAAGACAUAUCAUGACAUUAAGGCAGUCACACACCUCCUGGAGGAGAAAGAGCGGGAUCUUGAGUUAGCAGCGCGGAUUGGUCAGUCGCUCCUGAAACAAAAUCAAGAACUGACGACCCGAAAUGGAUUACUGGAUGAACAGCUCGAGAGUGCAAAGGAGGAGAUUGCUCAACUGCGUCAUGAGCUUUCAAUGCGUGAUGACCUCCUUCAGUUCUACGCAAGCACGGAGGAGAUAGAAAAUGCUGAAUCACACUCACCAAUAAAACGAAAUGAAUCAAGCAGUUCUCUCAGCAACCUUGUCCACUAUGACUUCAUGCAGCAGAAACUGAAAUGUUUAGAGGACGAGAACCGCAAACUUCGACUGGAGGCAAGUGAGCUCUGCACUGAGACCACCAACUAUGAGGAACAAGAGCAGGAGCUGAUGAUGGUGUGUGUGGAGGAGCUGUCCUCUGUCAACAAGCAGGUUGUGGACCUAUCCGAUGAGUUAGCGCGCAAAGUAGAAGACUCUUUUCGCCAACAGGAGGAAAUCAGCAUGCUUCUUGCCCAGAUUGUUGACUUGCAGACCCGCUGCAAACGUCUUUCCAAUGAGAAUGAGGAGCUGAAUCAACAUCUGAGUGUCUCCCGUGAGAAUAACCUGAAAAUGCAAUCUGAGCUGAAGGACCUGCGGGACAAGUACUCCCAGUGUGAGGACAUGCUCCACGAGGCUCGAGAGGACAUCAAAAAUCUGCGAAAUAAAAGUCUCCCCAACAGUACUGUACAGCGCUACACUGCUCUGGCGUCUGUCCUCCCCAUGGACAGCCUGGCAGCAGAAAUAGAGGGCACCUUCCGUAAAGGCUUGGACACGCCUGCAUCGUCGGAAUACAAAACCCACCCGAGGCGUGUGUUUGAAACUGUGCGCGUGGUCAACAGGUCGGUGAGGCUGCGUUCUCUGUGCCACUCUCCGGGCUUUCCGGGUUCUAGCCCGGUGUCCCUGCGCUCCAGCUGUACCAGCACCCCCCGGACCAGUUACUACGGCUCUGACAACACCAGUCUUACACUAGAGGAAAAGCCCAGCUCUAGUCCAGCCCAGAAAGAAGAUGGCCUCAGUGGGCCAAAGCGACUGGGCCAGCCAGGCACUCCGGGAGGCCAGGACCUUGAAGCCGCCUUGCGCAGCUUGUCAGCUCGCCAGCAGAACCAUUCUUCUGAGCGGCCUUUCUUCGAUGUGGAGCGUGAGCGGAAACUGCGUGCCUUGGCCGCAAACAGCGAAGGGGAUGAGGGUUCUAGUGGCUUCUUGACACCAAAUGACAGCCUGGCCUCCAGUCCAGUGGCAUCAACUGGCACCAACUACUCCAAUGGAAGCUCCCGUCACUCCUGUGACUCCUCGGGAUCCAGGUCAUACCUGCCCGACCGCUUGCAGAUCGUCAAACCUCUGGAAGGCUCAGUGACUCUGCACCAGUGGCAGCAGCUGGCCAUACCAAACCUGGGGGGUAUCCUACACCCUCGUCCUGGUGUCCUGACAAAGGACUUCAGGGAACUAGAAGUGGACAUACAGCACGUCUACAGUCUGAAUGACCUGGAGGAGGAUGAACCUGACCUGUCGCUGCUCUCAGGAGCUCACAGCAUGGUGUCUCCGUCGGGUCCCAGCCUGCCUCAGACCUUUCCCACUCCCACCACCACCGACUGCCAAGUCCCCGCACUAUCCCUCCUCAACCCCUCAGUCCCCUUUAGCCAUCACCCUAUCGGCCUGCCAUUAUGUCCGAACUGUGAGCACAUGAAUGCUUCACCUGUUUCUGGCCAGCGGCACUUUGGCCUCAAAGGCCGCCCCACCCCAAACGUAAGCCGGUCAUCACCGGGACUCCUGCAGCUUCUGGAAGAACGAGGUAUCUCUGCCUGCUUUUGUCCUCGCAAACACAUACGCUGCAUCCACAGCACUGAGCCUCAGCUCUCCAGCGCCGUCGACACAAACGGGUGCUCAUGCACGAACACAGGUGGGACAAGCAACAUUUUCAGCUUGAACAUAGUUGAGAAGCUUCAGCGUCUCAGGCUGCACAGAGUGACCGCCUGGGGGAAGAUGAGUCGUGUGGGCAAAGUCGAAGGAAUCCCUGCGAUGUUCACCUGAUGUUUUGAACGUCUCACACUGCUGUUUGCCCAUUGCACACGUGUCCGUGUGUGUAUGUGUCCUGUGUCGUGGCAACAUGCGUUCUCCUCUAUGUUCAUCUCAGGACAAUCAUUCAAUGUCAUGCUGCUUAAUUGCGGCAACAGCUUCUUUUUACACACAAGUAUGAAACUCCAAGAAAACUGAACUAAUCUUUUUUUUUUUUUUUUUAUACCAUAUGUUGUAUAGGUUAUUUAAACUUUCAGGUUGAAAAUAUUGUAUGUUGUUGAUGUAAAUUUCAUGCAGUAAUUUAUUUCUGGCAGACUAAUGAAUUUUCAAAUUGCACUGAAACACAUUCUGGUCUUCCUUAUUACCUGCUGUAUUGAUAAAACACACAUUGUAUAUAACAUGAUCUAGUAUCAUUAAAUUAACGCAACUAGAUGACGAUGCACUGAGAGGACGAAACAGUGACUGCACUAAUUAAUGCCAUUGUUGUUCACGUUUUGCUGUUUUCACAUCGCAAAUGUUUUUGGGACAUCAAAACACUGAUUUUAAAUCGAAUGAAUGUUGUUUAAGACAAAACAAUAGUAUUCAAGGCAUCAUAGGGACUUUCAUUCUACACUGAGUAAAAAAAA